AUGUUUGUCUCCAAGAGACGUUUCAUUUUGAAGACAUGUGGUACCACCCUCUUGCUGAAAGCACUGGUUCCCCUGUUGAAACUUGCUAGGGAUUACAGUGGGUUUGAUUCGAUUCAAAGCUUCUUUUAUUCUCGUAAGAAUUUCAUGAAGCCUUCUCACCAAGGGUACCCACACCGAAAUUUCCAGGAAGAAAUAGAGUUUCUUAAUGCAAUUUUCCCAAAUGGAGCAGCAUAUUGUAUGGGACGUAUGAAUUCUGACUGUUGGUACUUGUAUACUUUGGAUUUCCCAGAGACUCGGGUAAUCAGUCAGCCAGAUCAAACCCUGGAAGUUCUGAUGAGUGAGCUUGACCCAGCAGUUACGGACCAGUUCUACAUGAAAGAUGGUGUUACUGCAAAGGAUGUCACUCGUGAGAGUGGAAUUCGUGACCUGAUACCAGGUUCUGUCAUUGAUGCCACACUUUUCAAUCCUUGUGGGUAUUGGAUGAAUGGAAUGAAAUCGGAUGGAACUUACUGGACUAUUCACAUCACUCCAGAACCAGAAUUUUCUUAUGUUAGCUUUGAAACGAACUUAAGUCAGACCUCCUAUGAUGACCUGAUCAGGAAAGUUGUGGAAGUCUUCAAGCCAGGAAAAUUUGUUUCAGUGUUUCAGUCUCUAACAGUGUUAAUUGUGCAGUACAUUUAG